AUGGCACCUCGGAUGAACUCUUUUCUGGUGGAGAACUCGAUGGUUAUCAACCUUGGAGUGAACGACCUUGCCUUCUGCUUUGAUAGAUUCCUGAUUAGCUCCAUCUUGCCCAUGGUCCACAGAACUCCGCCACUCAUCCUGCGUGCCCCGCCGCCAGCUCCGCCACUCAUCCUGCGUGCCCCGCCGUCAGCUCCGCCACUCAUCCUGCGUGCCCCGCCGUCAACUCCGCCACUCAUCCUGCGUGCCCCGCCGUCAGCUCCGCCACUCAUCCUGCGUGCCCCGCCGUCAGCUCCGCCACUCAUCCUGCGUGCCCCGCCGUCAGCUCCGCCACUCAUCCUGCGUGCCCCGCCGUCAACUCCGCCACUCAUCCUGCGUGCCCCGCCGUCAGCUCCGCCACUCAUCCUGCGUGCCCCGCCGUCAGCUCCGCCACUCAUCCUGCGUGCCCCGCCGUCAACUCCGCCACUCAUCCUGCGUGCCCCGCCGUCAACUCCGCCACUCAUCCUGCGUGCCCCGCCGUCAACUCCGCCACUCAUCCUGCGUGCCCCGCCGUCAGCUCCGCCACUCAUCCUGCGUGCCCCGCCGUCAGCUCCGCCACUCAUCCUGCGUGCCCCGCCGUCAGCUCCGCCACUCAUCCUGCGUGCCCCGCCGUCAGCUCCGCCACUCAUCCUGCGUGCCCCGCCGUCAGCUCCGCCACUCAUCCUGCGUGCCCCGCCGUCAGCUCCGCCACUCAUCCUGCGUGCCCCGCCGUCAGCUCCGCCACUCAUCCUGCGUGCCCCGCCGUCAUCUCCGCCACUCAUCCUGCGUGCCCCGCCGUCAGCUCCGCCACUCAUCUUGCGUGCCCUGCCGUCAGCUCCGCGCCACAUCCUGCGUGCCCUGCCGUCAGCUCCACCACUCAUCUUGCGUGCCCUGCCGUCAGCUCCGCACCACAUCCUGCGUGCCCUGCCGUCAGCUCCGCCACUCAUCCUGCGUGCCCCGCCGUCAGCUCCGCCACUCAUCCUGCGUGCCCCGCCGUCAGCUCCGCCACUCAUCCUGCGUGCCCCGCCGUCAGCUCCGCCACUCAUCCUGCGUGCCCCGCCGUCAGCUCCGCCACUCAUCCUGCGUGCCCCGCCGUCAGCUCCGCCACUCAUCCUGCGUGCCCCGCCGUCAGCUCCGCCACUCAUCCUGCGUGCCCCGCCGUCAGCUCCGCCACUCAUCCUGCGUGCCCCGCCGUCAGCUCCGCCACUCAUCCUGCGUGCCCCGCCGUCAGCUCCGCCACUCAUCCUGCGUGCCCCGCCGUCAGCUCCGCCACUCAUCCUGCGUGCCCCGCCGUCAGCUCCGCCACUCAUCCUGCGUGCCCCGCCGUCAGCUCCGCCACUCAUCCUGCGUGCCCCGCCGUCAGCUCCGCCACUCAUCCUGCGUGCCCCGCCGUCAGCUCCGCCACUCAUCCUGCGUGCCCCGCCGUCAGCUCCGCCACUCAUCCUGCGUGCCCCGCCGUCAGCUCCGCCACUCAUCCUGCGUGCCCCGCCGUCAGCUCCGCCACUCAUCCUGCGUGCCCCGCCGUCAGCUCCGCCACUCAUCCUGCGUGCCCCGCCGUCAGCUCCGCCACUCAUCCUGCGUGCCCCGCCGUCAACUCCGCCACUCAUCCUGCGUGCCCCGCCGUCAGCUCCGCCACUCAUCUUGCGUGCCCCGCCGUCAGCUCCGCGCCACAUCCUGCGUGCCCCGCCGUCAACUCCGCCACUCAUCUUGCGUGCCCUGCCGUCAGCUCCGCGACACAUCCUGCGUGCCCUGCCGUCAGCUCCGCCACUCAUCCUGCGUGCCCUACCGUCAGCUCCACCACUCAACCUGCGUGCUCUGCCGUCAGCUCCGCCACUCAUCCUGCGUGCGCUGCCCUCAGCUCCGCCACUCAUCCUGCGUGCGCUGCCGUCAGCUCCGCCACUCAUCCUGCGUGCGCUGCCGUCAGCUGCGCCACUCAUCCUGCGUGCGCUGCCGUCAGCUGCGCCACUCAUCCUGCGUGCGCUGCCGUCAGCUGCGCCACUCAUCCUGCGUGCGCUGCCGUCAGCUCCGCCACUCAUCCUGCGUGCGCUGCCGUCAGCUGCGCCACUCAUCCUGCGUGCGCUGCCGUCAGCUGCGCCACUCAUCCUGCGUGCGCUGCCCUUAGCUCCGCCACUCAUCCUGCGUGCGCUGCCGUCAGCUCCGCGCCACAUCCUGCGUGCCCUGCCGUCAGCUCCGCCACUCAUCUUGCGUGCCCCGCCGUCAGCUCCGCGCCACAUCCUGCGUGCCCCGCCGUCAGCUCCGCCACUCAUCCUGCGUGCCCCGCCGUCAGCUCCGCCACUCAUCCUGCGUGCCCCGCCGUCAACUCCGCCACUCAUCCUGCGUGCCCCGCCGUCAACUCCGCCACUCAUCCUGCGUGCCCCGCCGUCAGCUCCGCCACUCAUCCUGCGUGCCCGGCCGUCAGCUCCGCCACUCAUCCUGCGUACCCCGCCGUCAGCUCCGCCACUCAUCCUGCGUGCCCCGCCGUCAGCUCCCCCACUCAACCUGCGUGCUCUGCCGUCAGCUCCGCCACUCAUCCUGCGUGCGCUGCCCUUAGCUCCCCCACUCAACCUGCGUGCUCUGCCGUCAGCUCCGCCACUCAUCCUGCGUGCGCUGCCCUUAGCUCCGCCACUCAUCCUGCGUGCGCUGCCGUCAGCUGCGCCACUCAUCCUGCGUGCGCUGCCGUCAGCUGCGCCACUCAUCCUGCGUGCGCUGCCGUCAGCUGCGCCACUCAUCCUGCGUGCGCUGCCGUCAGCUGCGCCACUCAUCCUGCGUGCGCUGCCGUCAGCUGCGCCACUCAUCCUGCGUGCGCUGCCGUCAGCUCCGCCACUCAUCCUGCGUGCGCUGCCGUCAGCUGCGCCACUCAAGCUGCCGUCAGCUCGGCCACUCCACCACUGUGUAUGA